GGCCUCGUCAGCGUGUGCUCGGAGCAGGCCUCCUAUCCGAAGCAGGGGCGGCCGCCAGGCUCCGGAGGCUAAUGCAUAUUGAUGAGGAAGGGCUGGGCGCACGCAGAGGCGAGGCAGCCGGCUGGGAACAGCCCGAUCUCCGCGCAGGCGGCGGCUCGCUGACUCCGCCGCGUUUCUCCGCUCGGCUCCCCGGGAUGCUAAGCUGAGCCCGCGUCUCCCGUCUCCCGCUGCCCUUUGCCAGCCCCCGGCCACACUCAGAUAAUCUGACUUGAAGAAGUCUAUUUCACUUUAGCCAGUUCAAGAUGGAAGCUCCACUGGUGAGUCUGGAUGAGGAGUUUGAGGAUCUGAGACCCUGCUAUGCUGAUGAGAGAGAAGAAAAACCGCAUUGUUUUUAUAGCUCAUCCCCUCAGCAUCUGGAAGAUCCCUCCCUUUCUGAGCUUGAGAACUUCUCCUCUGAAAUUAUCAGCUUCAAGUCCAUGGAAGACUUGGUGAAUGAAUUUGACGAGAAGCUGAAUGUCUGCUUUCGGAAUUACAAUGCCAAAACCGAGAACCUUGCUCCUGUAAAAAAUCAUCUCCAGAUACAAGAGGAGGAAGAGCAUCUUCAGGAUGAGGAGGUUUGGGAUGCUUUAACAGACAAUUACAUUCCAUCGAUCACUGAGGAUUGGAGGGACCCCGAUAUCGAGGUGUUGAAUGGCAAUAUUUCUGACUCAGAGAUCCACGAGAAGAAGGAGGAAGAGCUCAAUGAGAAGAGUGAAAAUGACUCUGGUAUUAAUGAGGAGCCUCUACUCACAGCAGAUCAGGUAAUUGAAGAAAUUGAGGAGAUGAUGCAGAAUUCCCCAGAUCCUGAAGAGGAAGAAGAGAUCUUGGAGGAGGAUGAUGGAGGAGAAACUUCCUCUCAGGCUGAUUCAAUCCUGUUGCAGGAGAUGCAGAUUUUGACACAAACCUUUAACAACAAUUGGUCCUAUGAAGGUUUGGAACAGAUGUCAGUGUCUGAGUUGGUCGAGCUGCUGGACCAUGUGGAGGGUGCCAUCCGUGACUACUCAGAAGAGCUGGUGCAGCAGCUGGCUCGUCGAGAUGAGCUGGAGUUCGAGAAAGAGGUGAAGAACUCCUUCAUCACAGUGCUGAUCGAGGUCCAGAACAAGCAAAAAGAGCACAGAGAGCUGAUGAAAAGGAGGAGGAAAGAGAAAGGACUGAGUCUGCAGAGCAGCCGAAUAGAAAGGGGCACCCAAAUGCCUCUCAAGCGAUUCAGUAUGGAAGGAAUCUCUAAUAUCUUGCAGACUGGUAUUCGGCAGACAUUUGGGAAUUCAGCAACCGAUAAACAGUAUUUGAACACGGUUAUUCCAUAUGAGAAGAAAGGGUCACCUCCCUCUGUCGAAGAUCUGCAGAUGCUGACAAACAUUCUUUUUGCAAUGAAGGAGGAUAACGAGAAGGUCCCUACAUUGCUAACGGACUACAUUUUAAAAGUGCUCUGCCCUACCUAAUCUGCCUUUGGAGCCGCAGUGCAACAAGAGACAACAAGGCCAGAGUCAUUCCAUCACAGGGACUGCAUGAUAGAGUCAAUUCCAAAACGUGUAUUUAAAAAUGUAUAGCAUUAACCUGGAUUAAACAUAAGCAAAAAAUA